AUGUCUACUCCCUCAACGGCGACAGCCACGCAUCCUUCGCAUCACCAACAACACUACGCAUUCCCUCAUCAUCACGCCUACCAGCCAACCGCCUCCUUUCCUGCCACAACCACUGCAGGGACCACUCGCCUAGCCACCGUACCUUACCCGUACGCCGCCAACCCAUCGACCGCCCCCCUUCCGUAUACCCAAUCUCCAAAAAUGGCGCAGCCGACUCCUACCCUGGCGGCCAUGGCUCCCGCUCAGAACGGCGUGGGCACCAGCACGCCUGGCUCGGAUCAAAGCAGGAGAAGGAAGAAGCCGGAUUGGGGCGAGUUUUACAAAAAUGGUCUUCCGAAGGAGGUGAUUGUCAUCGAUGACACUCCUCCCCCGGAGCAGGCUCAGGUCAAGGCCCGAAAUGCUGCCAACGCAAAUGCCGUGGCGGCGAAUGGUGCAGUGGCUCAACCCGCCGGCAAGAAGCGGCGCACUGGGGUCGAAACCGCCUACGAUCUGGGCUACUACGAUCGUCCAUCCUUCUCGACCAUCCCUCAGCACUACGGAGAGGAAUCAUCCGCUGCCUCCAUCUCGACCGACCGGACGACUUCCUUACAUACCACGGCUCCUACAUCCCUGGGGUCAACAGGCAGUGCUGGUGCAAGCAAUGGGGCAUACUACGAAGAUGCCAACGUGGGUCAGAAGCGGAAGCGAGUAACAACUCGCAAGUCUGCGCGCGAUGAGCAGAAACGGCGGGAGCUGGAAACGGCGGGUGAUGCCUUUCUGAGUUAUAUUCCCCCGCCCAAGCCUCCGAUCAAGGCCAAGGAUGUCCCCGUACCGGUCAUCCGUGAUUAUGGAAACCGCCAUGAGAAAUUUGACGACAAUGAUGGUCAUUAUAUUGUGAACCCAGAGACUCCCUUAACGGAUCGAUACUCGAUCAUCAGGCUACUCGGACAAGGUACCUUUGGCAAAGUGGUUGAGGCGUAUGACAAGCAGCGCAAAACUCGUUGCGCAGUGAAGAUCAUUCGAUCAAUACAAAAGUACCGGGACGCGUCGAGGAUCGAACUUCGGGUUCUGUCCACUUUGGCAUCAAAUGACAAGUCCAACCGGAACAAGUGCAUUCAUCUGCGCGAUUGUUUUGAUUUCCGGAAUCACAUCUGCAUCGUCACGGAUCUUUUGGGCCAAAGCGUCUUUGAUUUUCUCAAGGGCAACGGUUUCGUUCCGUUCCCGAGCAGUCAAAUUCAGAAUUUCGCCCGUCAACUCUUUACCAGUGUGGCUUUCCUCCAUGACCUCAAUUUGAUCCAUACCGAUCUGAAGCCUGAGAACAUCCUCCUGGUCAACAACGCCUACCAGACCUUUACCUAUAAUCGCACAAUCCCCUCCUCUUCGCAUGCCAUUUCGCGUAAUGCUCGUCAGCGACGUGUACUGUUGGACAGCGAGAUCCGUCUCAUUGAUUUCGGCUCUGCCACUUUCGAUGAUGAGUAUCACUCCUCAGUCGUGUCCACCCGGCAUUAUCGGGCCCCCGAAAUCAUUCUGAACCUGGGCUGGAGCUUCCCCUGUGAUAUCUGGAGCAUCGGAUGUAUCCUUGUGGAGUUUUUCACCGGAGACGCUCUCUUCCAGACACAUGAUAAUCUCGAACAUCUUGCCAUGAUGGAGGCGGUCAUCGGACAGCGGAUUGACACGAAAAUGGUGAAGCAAACAACACAAGGAGGACGAAAUGGGAGCCAGAACCAAGCAGCCAAAUACUUUAAUCGGAACAAACUCGACUACCCUAACGAGGAGACGACACGGGCGUCCCGGAAGUACGUGAGGGCCAUGAAACAGCUCACGGAUUUUAUCCCGACCAGCACUACGUUCCAUCGCCUAUUCCUGGAUCUUCUGCAGCGCAUCUUUGUUUACGAUCCCAAGAAUCGUAUCACCGCCAAGGAUGCUCUGAAGCAUCCGUGGUUCAAGGAGUCUUUGAUUGAUGAUGGCACCGAGGCUCUUCGGAUCGGACAACAACUGCAACGCAACGGCGGUCAACGCAGCUAG